UUGUGCUCCCGGAAGCAAAAUGAAAGUAACGUAUAAGCAAGCGCGCUUCCCUACGGAAACGUAAACGUGAAAGCGUUGAUGGGGUUAUAAUGUGAUUUGAUAGUUGUUUGAGUUGGCUGUGAAAUAGCAGCCAAAGCAAAGCAAGAUGUCAGGGUUCAGCGCUGAACUUAUCGACUACCUAGAAGGGAGGAUUACAUUUGAGGAGUUUGACAGGAGGAGAGACGAGAGGAAAGCCAAGGAGGCAGAAGCGUCAGUUGAAAAUGAGGAGGUGGCGCAGCCUUCCACCUCGACAGACAUCCAUGUGAAAACUGAAGAAGGAAUCAGCCCUGAUGUUCUGCAAGCCUUUGCCUCAAUGCUUGGAGAAUCCACCGACCAAGUAUUGUCGGAUGAGGAUAAUGACAGCUUGGGCUAUGUUGACGACAAGAAUGACGAAGAUUUCGCAGUGGAGGAGGAAGAGGACGAAGAAGAAGAAGAGGAGGAGGAGGACGAUGACGACGAUGACAAGCAAAAGGAAAAGUUGAAAUUGAAAGUGAAGGGUAAGAAACCGAGCGUGAGGAAAAAGUUUGAAAGUGAAGACCAGGAACGUGAGGACAUGACAGUUGGAGACGUGCUUGCGCUGGAGAUGGAGCUAAACCGCGAAAACAAGAAAAUGAUGAAGGAACGACGCAGCCGCAGUAAACUUCCCCGGGCGCUCAGAGGCCUGAUGGGUGAGGCGAACAUUCGCUACGCCAGAGGAGAGAAAGCCGAUGCCAUCGCCAUGUGUAUGGAGAUCAUACGACAAGCGCCGCUGGCUUACGAUCCUUUCUCCACGCUGGCCAUGAUCUACGAGGACGAAGGCGACAUGGACAAAGCGCUGCAGUUCAGCUUGAUCGCCGCCCACUUGAACCCGUCCGACUGCGAGGAGUGGAUCAGGCUCGCCGAGGUCUCGCUGGAACAGGACAACGUGCGGCAAGCUCUAGUCUGCUACAACAAAGCCGUCAAGUACGCUCCCACAAACGUGCGCUACCUGUGGGACCGCUGCAGCCUCCUCAUGCGUCUGGGGGAGCACAGGCAGUGCAUGGAUGGCUACCGCAGAAUUCUCUCCCUGCUGCCGAUGGAGGAGGGCGAGCACUUCAUGCAGCUCUCCAAGGACAUGGCCAAGAGUUAUUAUGAAAGUGGCGACCUGCCUUCGGCGCUCGGUGUAAUUGAGGCGGCUCUGGCACGACACCCCAACCUGGUCAGCGAUGACAUCGUCAACAUGGCCGCUGAGCUCUACAUCACCGACCAUCAAUACGACAAGGCUUUGCAGGUCUUGGUCCGUUUUGUGGGUGUGGUUCUAAUCCGGGAUGAAAGUCACUCGGAGACCCCCAGUAAAGAUGAGAAUACGCCAGAGAAGACAUUGAAGAAUGAGGAGGCGCAGCCUGCGAUCACAGCAGAAACGGAAUCGGCGGACACGUCCGAAAUCAAGGAUGUGCAGUUUCCGGACGGCAUUCCGGUGGACCUGAAGGCCAAGCUGAUUGUCUGCCUCAUCCAUAAGGGCAUCUGCGCGCCACUGGAGGCGCUGGUGUCCUCACUGAUGGAGCAAAGCGCAGAGGAGAUCGGAGACUUAUACCUGGACGUGGGGGAGGCCUACCUGGACAAGGGAGCCUACCUGGCCGCUCUACCUUUGCUGUCUGCGCUUGUCAUUUCGGAGAAAUACAACCUGGCCGUCGUCUGGCUUCGACACGCAGAGUGCCUGAAGGCAUUGGGCGAAAUGAACGCGGCGGCCGAAAGCUUCACAAAGGUGGUGGAGUUGGCGCCGCAACAUCUCGAGGCGCGGCUGACGCUGGCCACCCUGCAGCAGCAGCUCGGUCGGCCGGAGUGUGCCCUCAAAGCGCUGGAGUCCAUGUACGACAACGACACGCUUGCACAAGACUCGUCUGCGGCACAAAAGGAACUCAAGCUGCUCCUGCAUCGGUCCACGCUACUGAAAACGCAGGGACUCAUCCAGCACUACUUGGAUGCCGUCAUCACGAUGAUGUCCAUGCUGCUCAAGGUGGCCAUGCAGCGCGCCAACGUGUGCGUGCGCUCUGUCGUCACGUCGGGAGAGACUCAUCUGCGCUUGGUGAAGGUCGGGAAUGUGUUGUCGGACAUCGAUGACCAGGAAGCGGCCUAUUUGGAAAUCACAUGUAAAACCAAAAUCCUGUCCAAAGAGGACUGGUGGCAACUGCUGCUGAGCUGCGUCCUGACACUCUGCGACGUGCAACGCUACGAAGAGGCGGAGCUAAUGGUCGAGUCCGCCAUGGAGUUCUACUCCUUCUACGACAUCAAACCCAGAAGGAAGGAGCUGGAGUUCCUCGGCCUGUCGGCCAGCAUCCUGGACCGCGACCACCACAAGGCCUACAACUACAUCAGAUUGAUGCUGAUGGAUAAUGUGGAUCAGCCUCAGCUUUGGAAUAUAUUUAACCAGCUGACGAUAUCCUCCCACCACCAACGUCAUCAUCGCUUCUGCCUGCGUCUGCUUUUGAAACAUCCCGAAAACCAUGCCCUCUGCAUCCUCUGCGGACACAACGCCAUGGUGUCGGGCAGCUUUAAACACGCCCUGGCCCAGUACGUCCAGGCCUUCCAGUCUCGGCCUGACGACCCGCUCCUCAACCUGUUUGUGGGCCUCACCUUUUUCCACAUGGCAGCCCAGAAAUUUGUGGCAAAGAGGCACCCACUGGUUGUUCAGGGUUUCUCCUUCCUGUGGCGGUACGUGGAACUGCGUGGGGAGUGUCAGGAGAGCAUGUAUAACAUGGGCAGGGCAUUGCACCAGAUGGGCCUUACACAUUUAGCCAUCCAUUAUUACCAGAAGACUCUUCGACUGCCUGUCCAGAAACUCGAGGGUAUCGCCGAUGACCAAGUGGAUCUGAGGAGAGAGGCCGCCUUCAAUCUCUCCCUCAUCUACCAGGCCAGCGGCAACGUUGAGAUGGCCCACCAACUCAUCACCACCCACUGCGUCAUCUGACCGCGGGCCAGCCAGGCCCGCAACUAAAAGCGUUCGUAUCGGCAGUUUUGAAUUACACCUGCAACAUGAACUGUGAUCAGGUCGGAGGUUGUGUUAUUUACAUUUAAACAUUUGAAGUAUAAAAGUUUAAUUUAUUUCAUCAAA